GAGUUAUAAAGGAAUAUAAUGUAAUCAUUUUGGCAGGGAAAGUGAACCAGAAACUAAAUAUGUUUGCAGCAUGUGCUGUAUAUGUGGCUAUGGUACUAAAAGAUCAGGGUCAAAGACUACGUAUUCCAAAAGACAACUGUAAAGCCAAGACAGUGAAAAAACUUCAGUUACAAGUAGGAUUAUGUAAAUUACAACACCAUGGAGAUUUCACAGUAUCACUUAGUGAUGUGCUGGAAACUUGGAAAUACUUGUUACAUAAAAAAUUGGGAUUAUCAUGCAACAUAGAAGAACCUGAAAAUUAUGCUGACCAAAAGAAAGCCUACGAUACCUUUUUAGCAAGUAGCAAUAUGUUGGAUCUAAUAGACAUUUAUCAGAAGUGUUACGAACUUGCACUUGUGUCUGAAGAUGAAAGCAUAACCCCCGUUCAAAUGUUGGAAUUUAUUUCUGGUGUAAUGAAUGUAUCAGAAAAUAAUGGUUCAGUUGUCUCUCUUCCUUCUACACCUGUCAACAGACAGGACCAGGAAAAUGUGAAGGUGGCACAUUUGGCAAAGAAGUUUGUUUAUUCCUAUUUAAGCUUGUUGGUGAAUUCUAAGAAUGAUCUGGCAUUGGCUCAUAUCCUAAAUGUUCCGGACAGAGGACUUGGUAGAGAAGCCUUUACUAAUCUGAAGCAUGCCUCACAAAAGAGAAAAAUGUCAAUUUUUCUGACGGCAACAUCUUUUAUCCGAAUGGUAGAACUUGGAGGAAAAAGCUAUGAAACUUCAUUAUUUGAUCCUUUAAAAAUCCAUGUAAAGGGGCUUACAAGUUUUGUUAAUUUUAUUGACAAGCUGGAGGAAAUUGUUGGUGAAGUCUUGGAUCCAAG